GGGUUGAACGGCUUGCACCUGGCAUCUAAAGAAGGGCAUGUGAAGAUGGUGGUUGAACUUCUGCACAAAGAAAUCAUUCUAGAAACGACAACCAAGAAAGGGAACACAGCUCUGCACAUUGCCGCCCUCGCUGGUCAGGAUGAGGUGGUCCGGGAGCUGGUCAACUAUGGCGCCAAUGUCAACGCUCAGUCUCAGAAAGGCUUUACACCUCUGUACAUGGCAGCACAAGAGAAUCACUUGGAAGUGGUUAAGUUUUUACUGGAAAAUGGAGCUAAUCAGAAUGUAGCCACAGAAGAUGGCUUCACACCUCUUGCCGUGGCUCUGCAGCAGGGCCAUGAGAACGUGGUGGCACACCUCAUCAACUUCGGGACGAGAGGGAAGGUGCGCCUCCCUGCCCUGCACAUCGCGGCCCGCAAUGACGACACCCGGACAGCUGCGGUGCUUCUGCAGAAUGACCCCAACCCAGACGUGCUUUCCAAGACGGGAUUCACCCCCCUCCACAUCGCAGCUCACUACGAGAACCUCAACGUGGCCCAGUUACUCCUCAACAGGGGAGCCAGUGUCAACUUCACGCCACAGAAUGGCAUCACGCCGCUGCACAUCGCCUCCCGCAGGGGGAACGUGAUCAUGGUGCGGCUCCUGCUGGACCGCGGGGCCCAGAUAGAAACAAGGACCAAGGAUGAAUUGACACCUCUCCACUGUGCAGCUCGGAAUGGGCACGUGCGAAUCUCAGAGAUCCUGCUGGACCACGGGGCACCUAUCCAAGCCAAAACCAAGAAUGGCUUGUCCCCAAUUCACAUGGCGGCUCAGGGAGACCACCUUGACUGUGUCCGACUUCUAUUGCAAUACAACGCAGAGAUAGAUGACAUCACCCUGGACCACCUGACCCCACUCCACGUGGCAGCCCACUGUGGCCAUCACAGAGUGGCCAAGGUCCUUUUGGAUAAAGGGGCCAAACCAAACUCCAGAGCCCUGAAUGGCUUCACCCCCUUACACAUCGCCUGCAAGAAGAGCCACAUCCGGGUCGUGGAGCUGCUGCUGAAGAUGGGAGCCGCCAUCGACGCGGUCACCGAGUCUGGCCUGACACCUCUCCACGUGGCCUCCUUCAUGGGGCACCUGCCCAUCGUGAAGAACCUCCUGCAGCGGGGGGCGUCGCCCAAUGUCUCCAACGUGAAAGUGGAGACCCCGCUACACAUGGCAGCCAGGGCAGGGCACAUGGAAGUGGCCAAAUAUUUGCUCCAGAACAAAGCCAAAGUCAAUGCCAAGGCCAAAGAUGACCAGACCCCGCUUUACUGUGCAGCUCGCAUUGGCCACACAAACAUGGUGAAGCUCCUGCUAGACAAUAAUGCCAGCCCCAACCUGGCCACCACCGCCGGGCACACCCCGCUGCACAUUGCGGCCCGAGAGGGCCAUGUGGAAACAGCCCUGGCCCUUCUGGAAAAGGAAGCAUCCCAGGCGUGCAUGACUAAGAAAGGAUUUACUCCUCUCCACGUGGCGGCGAAGUACGGGAAGGUUCGGGUGGCAAAGCUGCUGCUGGAACGGGGUGCUCAUCCAAACGCUGCUGGAAAAAACGGCUUGACUCCGCUGCACGUGGCCGUCUAUCACAACCACCCGGACAUUGUCAAGCUGCUGCUUCACCAGGGCGGUUCCCCGCACAGCUGCGCUUGGAAUGGCUACACCCCUCUGCACAUCGCUGCCAAGCAGAACCAGAUGGAGGUGGCCCGCAGUCUGCUGCAGUAUGGGGGGUCAGCAAAUGCAGAGUCGGGGCAAGGCGUGACGCCCCUCCACCUGGCUGCCCAAGAGGGUCAUGCAGAGAUGGUGGCUCUGCUACUCUCCAGACAAGCCAAUGGCAACUUGGGGAACAAGGGUGGACUCACUCCUCUCCAUCUAGUAGCACAAGAAGGUCACGUUCCAGUGGCAGAUGUGCUGAUCAAACACGGUGUCACAGUGGACGCCACCACACGGAUGGGUUACACUCCACUCCAUGUGGCCUGUCAUUAUGGAAAUAUCAAGCUGGUGAAGUUUCUGCUACAGCACCAGGCAGACGUCAACGCCAAGACCAAGCUAGGAUACAGCCCAUUGCACCAGGCGGCCCAACAAGGACAUACAGACAUUGUGACACUGCUUCUCAAAAACGGUGCUUCCCCAAACGAGGUCAGCUCGGAUGGAACCACACCCCUGGCAAUAGCCAAGCGCUUGGGCUACAUUUCUGUAACAGAUGUGCUCAAGGUUGUCACGGAUGAAACCGGUGUGGUGUUAGUCAGUGACAAGCACCAGAUGAGUUUCCCUGAGACAGUAGAUGAGAUCCUGGAUGUGUCUGAAGAUGAAGGAGAACUUGUAGGCUCCAAGGCUGAGAGGCAGGAUUCCAGGGACAUAGAGGAAGACAAAGAGCUGCUGGAUUUUGUGCCGAAGCUGGACCAAGUGGUGGAAUCUCCAGCUAUCCCGAGGAUUCCUUGUGUCACACCUGAGACAGUGCUGAUCAGAUCUGAAGAACCAGAACAGGAAUCUAAGGAGUAUGAUGAAGACUCACUCAUCCCCAGCAGCCCAGCCACAGAGACCUCAGACAACAUUAGCCCGGUGGCCAGCCCUGUCCACACAGGGUUUCUGGUGAGCUUCAUGGUGGACGCCCGGGGAGGCUCCAUGAGGGGCAGUCGUCACAAUGGCCUGAGGGUGGUGAUCCCGCCUCGGACGUGCGCAGCACCCACUCGCAUCACCUGCCGCCUGGUCAAGCACCAGAAGCUGAGCUCGCCACCCCCGUUGGCCGAGGAGGAGGGCCUGGCCAGCAGGAUCAUUGCACUGGGGCCCACAGGGGUCCAGUUCUUGAGCCCUGUGAUUGUGGAGAUCCCCCACUUUGCCUCCCUCGGCCGUGGGGACCGUGAGCUUGUGGUGCUUCGGAGUGAAAAUGGCUCCAUGUGGAAGGAACACAAGAACCGCAACGGAGAAAGCUACCUGGAUCAGAUCCUCAAUGGGAUGGAUGAAGAGCUGGGGAGUCUGGAGGAGCUGGAGAAGAAGAGAGUGUACCGAAUCAUCACCACCGACUUCCCCUUGUACUUCGUGAUCAUGUCGCGGCUCUACCAGGACUCUGACACCAUUGGCCCUGAAGGGGGCUCCCUGAAGAGCACGCAGGUCCCCAUGGUGCAGGCAACGUUCCCAGAAAAUGCUGUCACCAAGAGAGUGAAGCUGGCUUUGCAGGCCCAGCCUGUACCGGAUGAGCUAGUCACCAAACUCCUGGGCAACCAGGCGACGUUCAGCCCCAUUGUUACUGUGGAGCCACGGCGCCGGAAGUUCCACCGCCCCAUCGGGCUUCGGAUCCCACUCCCUCCUUCCUGGACAGACAACCCUCGGGACAGCGGGGAGGGAGACACCACCAGCCUGCGCCUGCUCUGCAGUGUCAUUGGAGGAAUAGACCAAGCCCAGUGGGAAGAUAUAACAGGAACGACCAAGCUCAUGUAUGCCAACGAGUGUGCCACCUUCACCACCAAUGUCUCUGCCAGGUUUUGGCUGUCGGACUGUCCUCGGACGGCUGAGGCUGUGAACUUCGCCACUCUGCUGUAUAAGGAGCUUAUAGCGGUGCCCUACAUGGCCAAGUUUGUCAUUUUUGCCAAGAUGAAUGACCCCCGAGAAGGGCGGCUGCGAUGCUACUGCAUGACGGAUGACAAAGUGGACAAGACCCUCGAGCAGCAUGAGAACUUCGUUGAGGUGGCCCGGAGCAGGGAUAUAGAGGUUUUGGAAGGAAUGCCCCUUUUUGCAGAACUCUCUGGGAACCUGGUACCCAUCAAAAAAGCUGCCCGGCAGCGGAGUUUCCAAUUCCAGUCUUUCCGGGAGAACCAUUUGGCCAUACCCGUAAAGGUGAGGGACAGCAGUCGAGAACCAGGAGGGUCCUUGUCAUUUCUGCGCAAGGCGAUGAAGUACGAGGACACCCAGCACGUUCUCUGCCACUUGAACAUCACCAUGCCUCCUCCCUGCACCAAGGGGAGCGGAGCUGACGACAGGAGAAGGACUUUGACGCCGCUGGCCCUGAGAUACAGCAUUCUCAGUGAAUCAUCACCCGGCUUCCUCAGUGGGACAGACCGAGCAGAUAUGAAGAUGGCUAUCAUAUCAGAACACCUUGGCUUCAGCUGGGCAGAGUUGGCUCGGGAGCUGCAGUUCAGCGUGGAAGACAUCAACAGGAUCCGCGUGGAAAACCCCAACUCCUUGUUGGAGCAGAGUGUAGCCUUGUUGAACCUCUGGGUCAUGCGUGAAGGCGAAAAUGCAAAGAUGGAGAAUCUGUACACAGCCCUGCGGAACAUUGACCGGAGCGAGAUCGUGAACAUGCUGGAGGGCUCUGGCCGACAGAGCCGCAAUCUGAGACCGGACCGGCGGCACGCGGACCGCGACUACUCGUCAUCUCCCUCCCAGAUGAAUGGUUACUCCUCGCUGCAGGACGAGCUGCUGUCCCCUGCCUCCCUGCACUACGCGCUUCCCUCUCCUCUGCGUGCAGACCAGUACUGGAACGAAGUGGCCCUCAUAGACAUCCCCUUGGCGGCCACGGAGCAUGACACCAUGCUGGAGAUGUCUGACAUGCAGCUGUGGUCCCCGGGCCUCACACCCUCCCUGGUCACUGCUGAGGACUCCUCUCUGGAGUGCAGCAAGGCCGAGGACUCUGAUGCCACCGGCCACGAGUGGAAGCCGCAGGACACGCUCCCCAAGCAACUCCAGGGCCACCUGCUGGGCUCUGUGGACGGUGUGGAGGACAACACAGUGGAUUCAGAUGCCACAAAUAGCCUUAUCGAUUUGUUUGACCAGGAGGAUGGUCAGAGGUCAGAAGAGAAGCUGCCAGGUCAUAAGAGGCAGGAGGACUCAACAGGUGCAGGGCAGGACUCAGAGAAUGAAGUGUCUCUUGUUUCAGGCCAGCAGACGGUGCAAGCCCACAUCACAGAAUCGCCCACCAUGAGUCGGGUGAUGGAGACGAGCCAGGACAGACUACAGGACUGGGAUGAGGAAGGCUCCAUUGUCUCAUACCUGCAAGAUGCUGCACAAGGUUCUUGGCAAGAGGAGGACAUGCAAGGCCCACACUCAUUCCCAAGAACAGUCACCACCGUCACAGGGCUGGAGCCAAGUGGGUCUCAGGAGUAUAAGAAGGUCUUGGUGUCUGCAGCUGAGCACUUGCAGAUAGAGCAGGCUGAGGCUGAGACCCCCCAGGCUGACUGGGAACAGAGACAACAAGGCCACCAAGAAUGGGUACAGGAGGCAGAGAGCACCUUCUCCCAGAUGGAACAGGAUCACAGCUCGACACCCAACCCUUGAAUUCCACACACUCUGCUAUGCUCACAGGAGGAGAGCUGGACCGAGGGCUACGAAGUGGCGCACACGUUCCUCUAGGCAAUGGCAUGGUCUUCGUAAGGGGCUUCCUUUAGUCUCCUAUUCGCAUGAACGACUGACUGUAGACGCAUGACCUACAGUCCUCAAUCCUGCCUCUAGUGACGACGGAUCUCUGUCGGGAAACAGGACAACAGGACAAAAGCCGCAAGAAGCAGGGAGAGAGAGAGGGAUGGAGAGCAAGCGCAAGAGAGCACGUGAACGUGGUGAACAAGGGCUCUUUUGUGGCUGGGGAUGAUAUAUUUUUUUAAAUCGUUUUAAUUUUGACUCGUUACAGGGUACUCUUUUUCAACCUCAUCUGUGAGAAAUCCAUGUGCGCUUCCGGAAAAGGAAAAAAAAAGAAAACUAGGCAUGAAAUCAGUUCAGCAUCUUAAUCCCAUGUCCUCAUCUGCCAGCCUUCCCCACCCACACACACCUGCAUUCCAUUGUGGCAGUCCCUCCCCCUCCACAGGAGACCGCUCCUCCCAUGACGUUCAGGACACACAUGCAGGCACCUCUCGCCCCUACUCAGCAUACACACAGAUUUUACUGUGAUGUCUGAAGCUGUAGAGAAUCUCCUGUGGAUAAAUGGGAAUUUUUUUAUGUUGUCUCUCUCUCUCUCUCUCUGCCAGUUUCAGUAUUAAUCAUCUUCCAAUGGAAAAUCAUUACCUUUAGAGUGCACCUGGGUUCCUUGUGUUAGGGACUUAAGAAUCUGAGGCGAGGACCCCCAGGCUUAGCUGUAGGGCUCCAAGGGAGCCAGCGCCCCUUCAGAAAGGGUCUUCUCUCUCAGCUGGGGGAGGGCCGGUGGCUGUCCCAGGAUUGCACCAGCAUGUUCAAUAGAGAAGAGGUUUUCUAUUUCUUCAAGCACUUAUAUCAUAGUCUGUGUUCAAAGUGUAAACUGUACAGUAAUCAGCCUGUGUAUAUGAAAAACAAUAAAUACUAUGCAAACCAAUAGAAACACUUUAGCAGUAUGUACAAGCACUAACAGCUCAGCUCCUGAGGACUUCUCCAGGCUGCGGGAGAAGGAGCUACAGCCUGUCUUUCAGUGAAAGAGGAAGGAAGGGAGUAGGGUUAGUGAAUGUAGCUGCCGGUUCUUAGAACUCAGCCACCACCCUCCAGGUCUCCCGGAGCCAACUUGGUGCUCUAAGUCCAGGCAGCCCACAGGAUGGGGCGCCUAGGCUGGCCAGCCUCUGACCAAGCCCGUCUGCCCCUUGGAGAGGCGGGUGAUGGGCCCACUGCUGACCGCAUGCCAGGGAGGAGAGCUGGAGGAGGAGAGAGCAGCUGACCACCAGGAGGCCCGGCCAGGAAGGAGCCAGUCCUGGGCCAGGUGCCGGCUGUGCAGGAAGGACACAGGCAGCUGGCUGUGCCUCGCCUCGGUGCCAUCAGGGAAGAGCCUUAAAGUUCCAGUAGGGCCUCUAGUGAAGGAGGCCCGAAUCAGCACAAUCCGCCGCCCCCGGGGCGCCCUCUGGGGCCUGGAGAGAGACUGGCAGGCUCUUCUCGCUCCCAGAGCCACUGUUCGCGGGGUCCAGUCACCUUCCUCCCUGCCCUCUUCGGAGGGGUCCUCAGAACACAGUCACACCUUCUGAGUAGCACAGAAGCCCCCUCAUGUCAGCUCCCCGGCCCUGGGCCUGCCACCAGCGCACAGGUCCCGGGAGCGGCCAGCCGGGCCUUCGGGGUGCUCGGGGCGGUUUCGCUUUUGCUUCCAGAGGGGCGGGCAGGGGCGAGGCAGUCCCCGCACCGGAGCCGUCUGGAGGUCCGAGGCCGUGUCGGAGGGCAGGCACCCAGCCUCCCCGGCGGGGCGCAGGAGCGCGGGGCGCCCGCCGGGACGGAUUCCGGCAAGGCCCAGGGAAGACAAGCAGGGCUCGCCUCCCCCGCCUCGAGCCUCACCUUCCCGCCCGGCCGCCCCCGCAGCCCCGUAGAGCCCCGGGCCCGCGCCCGGCUACGCUUUGGCACCCGCGCUCCGUCUGGCAUGGCUGCUUGCCCGGCGGCCCGGCCGCGGCGCAUGGCUGCGCCCCAGCUGCUCGUAGGCGCUGUUAGUAACGGGGCAGUUGGGGUCUCCACGCGACGCCUAGAGAAUGCUGCAGUCUGCACAUUAGAUGCUUUUUAGAAGUUUUGA